GCCCCGCAGCCGCAGCCAGUCACCGAGGUGUGAGGGGCGGGGUGGCCGGGGCCCGCGCUCCCCUCGGCCACCGCUCGCGGCCCGCCCCGCCGCCCCGGCCCCCCGGAUGACAGUAUAUAUUCCAGGCGGGCGCGGGACGCCGGCGAGAGGUCGAGCCGAAGGAGCCGGAGGCGGGCGGAGCCGAGGUUCACAGCUCUCACAUUCCUGGUUUCACAAAAACAGCUUGGCUACCAGAGCACUAUGAAUGUUAAUGACCUCAAACUCAGGUUGUCCAAAGUUGGGCAAGAACACCUGCUGCAGUUCUGGAAUGAGCUGGAAGAAGCCCAGCAGGUAGAGCUUUAUGCGGAGCUCCAGGCCAUGAACUUUGAGGAACUGAAUUUCUUCUUCCAAAAGGCCAUUGAUGGAUUUAACCAGUCCUCUCACCAAGAGAAAGUGGACGCACGAAUGGAGCCCGUGCCUCGAGAGGUGCUGGGCAGUGCUACCAGGGAUCAAGAACAGCUGCAGGCCUGGGAAAGUGAAGGAUUUUUCCAGAUUUCUCAGAACAAAGUGGCGGUUCUUCUUCUAGCUGGUGGGCAGGGGACAAGACUUGGAGUUGCAUAUCCCAAGGGCAUGUAUGAUGUUGGUUUGCCAUCCCAUAAGACACUUUUUCAGAUUCAAGCAGAACGUAUCCUGAAGCUACAGCAGCUGGCUGAGAAGCAUUAUGGCAACACGUGCGUCAUUCCAUGGUAUAUCAUGACGAGUGGUAGAACAAUGGAAUCCACGAAGGAGUUUUUCAUGAAACACAAGUACUUUGGCUUGAAAAAAGAGAAUGUGAUCUUCUUUCAGCAGGGAAUGCUGCCUGCUAUGAGUUUUGGUGGGAAAAUUAUCUUGGAAGAGAAAAACAAAGUCUCUAUGGCUCCAGAUGGGAAUGGUGGUCUCUAUCGGGCUCUUGCAGCCCAAAACAUUGUGGAGGAUAUGGAGCAAAGAGGCAUCUGGAGUAUUCAUGUCUAUUGUGUAGACAACAUAUUGGUAAAAGUGGCAGACCCACGGUUCAUUGGAUUUUGCAUUCAGAAAGGAGCAGACUGUGGGGCGAAGGUGGUAGAGAAAACAAACCCCACGGAACCAGUUGGAGUGGUUUGCCGAGUGGAUGGAGUAUACCAGGUGGUAGAAUACAGUGAGAUUUCUCUGGCAACAGCUCAAAAGCGAAGCUCAGAUGGACGACUGCUGUUCAAUGCGGGGAACAUCGCCAAUCAUUUCUUCACUGUACCAUUUCUGAGAGAUGUUGUCAAUGUUUAUGAACCUCAGUUGCAGCAUCACGUGGCUCAAAAGAAGAUUCCAUAUGUGGAUUCCCAGGGGCAGUUAAUUAAGCCAGACAAACCAAAUGGAAUAAAGAUGGAAAAGUUUGUCUUUGACAUCUUCCAGUUUGCAAAGAAGUUUGUGGUGUAUGAAGUAUUACGGGAAGAUGAGUUUUCCCCGCUUAAGAAUGCAGACAGUCAGAAUGGGAAGGACAACCCCACCACUGCAAGGCAUGCUUUGAUGUCCCUCCAUCAUUGCUGGGUCCUCAAUGCAGGAGGCCACUUCAUAGAUGAAAAUGGCUCUCGCCUCCCAGCAAUUCCUCGCAGUGCUACAAAUGGAAGGUCAGAGACCAUCACAGCUGAUGUCAAUUACAACUUGAAGGAUGCCAAUGAUCUACCAAUCCAGUGUGAAAUCUCUCCCCUCAUCUCCUAUGCUGGAGAAGGACUAGAAAGUUAUGUGGCAGAUAAAGAAUUCCAUGCACCCUUAAUUAUUGAUGAGAAUGGAGUCCAUGAGCUGGUGAAAAACGGCAUAUGAACCAUAAACCAAGUUCUACCACAGUAGGGAAUAGCUUUUAUUUUUGAUAGAUUAACUGUGAACAUACAGACUCUCUCCUGGAAGACUGAAGCUUGAACAUUCACAGGGUAUCAUUUUGUUGCUGAUCAACUCUAUAGACUUCUCAGAUCAGAUGACUGGGCUUCAGAUAACGUUUUAUGAUUCUCAACUCAUUGAAGGUCUUAUUUAUAUUUUUUAACUAUAUAUUUUUUUUCCAAGCCAAGGAGAACAUUGACCAUCCAAGAAAUUUCCUACAACUUGACUAGUUGGGAUGUUCACCAUGACUUGACUUGGAGCUGGAAACAUUUGUUUUUGGAGUUGUACAUAGUAAUUAUAAGUCAUUGUACAUGUAAGAAGGUUUCUAUGGCACUAAAAAAUUUGUUUUAUUUUAUCAAGCAUUAAAGUUUUUUUAAGAAAAUAACUGGACAGCAAAAUAAAAUUAUCUUCUCAUCUCUAGAGUGUUAUCUGUAUCUUGAGAAAAUUGUUAGAAAAAAUAUGAAACCAAGAGACAAUUGGAAUAGUGCAUAAAAACAAAUGGAUGCUUCUGUGAAGCUGCCGUCACAGAGCAUUUGUUGACAAACUUGUAAAUUUGGACUUCGUCUUCUAUUAGUUUACAACUUCUCCACUAAAAAUGGCCCCGCUCUCCCUGGCAUGGGGCACUCAGCAGGGUCUGGAGGCAUUUUUUGCUCAUCCUGACUGGAUGUUGGGCUGCUACUGCUAGCACUAUGGAGUAGAGAUGCAGUGCUUAGUGCCUGGGCUAGCUGCCUACAGGUCAGAACCAUCUGGCCAACACGUCCAUUGUCAAAGUUGAGAUCAUCAAGAGGAAACGUUGGAAUGAGGUAGGAAUCAUUUGGCAGCAGCAUAGAAUUUAUGAGUUAAUAGUCACUUUGCAUCCGUUCAAAUCACAGUGGAGCUAAUGGGUAUGUCCAUGACACUCCUGGAAGGUGAACCAAAGACUGCUUUCAAUCCUGGCCUCUUUCUCCAAGUUUGGAGGUGUUUAAUGAUGACAUUUCACUUCUUAAUGACUCUACUUCCCCUGAAAGUUCCCUUCUCAUAUUUAUGGUGGACAAAAUACUUAUUUUUCAGCAAAUGAUGUGUAUGACUCAGACUGUGUUUUACAUAGUAAAUGUAUACAUGGGUGACAUGCAGAGGAUUGAAGUGAGACUUGUUAGAUUUCCAUUUAAAAUUUGAAAUGUUUCUAAAUUUAUAUGUUUCUGAAAGAUCUGAAAUUUGUUGAACUAAAUUUCAUGAGUUUUUAUAGUGUUAGAAAAUGAUAACUGUGGCCAACAUCUGUUUAUUCAGCCCUAUUAUUUUCCUAUGAAAUGGGAACUUUUAUAAUCUAGUCCGCAAGGAAAUUGGGGCUUAGAGAUUAAGUAAAUUGCAUAAGACUAAAUACCUAGAAGGAAACAGAGCAGGAAGUGAAACCCAGAGACUCACUUUCAAACAUGUACAGUAAUAGAGAACAGAAUAAUCUUUAUUACUCAGUUUCUAAUAACUAGCAUAGGCUGUUCCUGAUUCAUUUACUUCCCACUUUCUUACUCCCCACAGGAUGACUUUAAAAUAAAUUCUACAAUGCUUCAGUGUUUAUAUGAGAGGUAGAAUUAUAUAUAUAUAAAAUGUGUAUAUCAGCAAUAUCUUUAAUAAUUAAAAUAAUUUUUAAUGUUUACAUUGACUUUCAGUCAGUGUUCAUAUUUUUCUAUGUCUACUAAGGAUAGAAGGGAUAAGUCUGACCAGCAAAGGUCGAGUGUGCAAGACUUACAUUUAAUAUCAUACUUUGUGGUGAAAGACCAUAUUUUUUCCCCCUAAAAUUGGGAAGAGUAUGUUUAUUUUCCCACUCCUGUUCAGCGUUACAUAGAAGUUCUACAAGGGGAUUUGAGGAUAUUAUAUAUACAUAUAUAUGUAUAUAUGUGAAGAUAUAUGUAUCAUAUAUAUAUCUCCAUUUUCCCCAAGCUUCAUGUAUGAAGAAGUAAACCUGUUUUUGUGGAUAACAUGACCAUCAACUUGGAAAACCCUAUGAAAUCUACAUGAGCAUUAUAAGG